UCUCGUCUCCGUCACGCACCACAAGGUCCGGAAAACUCGAGCCUGACAGCCAAGAAAAUGGCGUUCCGCAGAACUAUAGCACGGAGCCUAUGGGCAGGCAAGACCGCGGCCACCGCGGCCGUGCCGAAGACUCCACCUCCCAUCAUACCGGCGCGACGGGCGUUGCCGGCGGUGGAAGAUUGCCCGACGCUCGCAUUCCUGCGGCCCCGCCCGACCACCGCCCGCUACUCCACCGUGUCCGUCCCGCUCCCGCACCACUGCUUCCCUGCCUUCCCCGUCGGCGACCAGCUGUUCAACCGCCUCGUCGACGGACUCACGCCGCCUACCGCAGUAACGCGGGUACCUGCGGAGGCGGGCGUGACGCUGCAGGAGGCGAGGAAGGUGGCGAGGGCGGCGGAGAUGGAGGUGGCGCGCGCCACGCUGAGGGGCAACGCUCAGAGCGUCGUGUCCGUGUCGGAAUACGCCGCGCUCUGCGUCGACAUUGCCGGCGGCGUGGAGGGAGGGCGCAGGCUGGCCAGGACGCUGGACGAGUCCGGCGUCGUCAUCGUCCUCGCCGACGCCGUCUUCCUCCGCCCCGACAUGGUGGCCAAGGCGAUCGGGAGCAUACUGCCGGCGCCGGCGCGCGCGGUGGCCGCCCUGGCGGACGACGAGGCGCGCAUGCGGGAGCUGGAGGUGAUGGAGGAGCAGAAGGCGGCCAUCGACGCGACGGCGGCGGCGCAGGUGCGGCGGGAGCUGUGGUGCGGGCUGGGCCUGCUGGCGGCGCAGACGCUGGGCUUCAUGCGGCUCACCUUCUGGGAGCUGUCGUGGGACGUCAUGGAGCCCAUCUGCUUCUACGUCACCUCCAUCUACUUCAUGUCCGGCUACACCUUCUUCAUGCGCACGGCCACGGAGCCGUCCUUCGAGGGCUUCUACCGGAGCCGCUUCGCGUCCAGGCAGCGCCGCCUCAUGCGGGACCGCCGGUUCGACGUCGCCCGCUACAACGCUCUCAAGCAAGCUGAACGGUCCGUUCCUGCGGGGCAGAGCGAGUGUGAUGCCGACGUGUGUACCGUUUAAGCACGUUUUUUUAGAUAAAAGGCAUCUAGUGCCCGACUUUAAAUUAAUAAGACGCACGUAGAUCAGUAGCAUCCUUCUUCUUGGAGACCCCUUGUAGAUUUUAGAGUCCGGGGCUUUAUCAGGAUUCGGGGUCCAUGGCACGGUUAAAUUCACCGAUGUUUUGAGUUUAAUUUGUGAAUUUCACCAUUUUAUCGUGAAAAAUAGAUCAAACGGUCGGUGUUCUAAACGUGAACGUGCACGUUUGAAAUGAAAAGAUAAAACUAUGCAACACCUAGCGUUCAACAAGAAGA